GCCCAAAUUAAGACCCACUUGGCUCUGCAGUCGUGGUCCUCGGUGUCCGGCGGCGGCGCGGCCCCUGCCCACGCUGGGUUCCGCCAGGCAUUGCCCAAAGACGCAAUGUUUAGCCCCAGAGGAACCUUGCCCCCCAGGCCCAGGGGACCCAACCCCUCGGGCAGCAAGCCUCCGGGAUCCUUCGGGGGAGGAGGAGGGGCGGCGGGGCCGCAGAGGAAACCGGCGCCGGGAGCCCCCCAGGCAGCGCCCCAGAGACCCCCGGGCCAGGACUCGCUGCAGUGGACGGGCUCCCAGAGGAUCAACGUGCGGGUCACGCUGCACAGGGCGGAUCCCAGGAAGGUCAAGGAGAAGAACAACCUGCACCAGGAGCAGAAGGGAGACCCUCGGCCCAACCGCUGGGACAGCGGCCCGUGCCCGGCCGCGCCAAAGCCGCCCGCGCCGGUGCCGGUGCUGGAGCAGAACUCGAGCGCCCAGAACCGCUACACGCCCGAGAGCGCCUCCAGCAUUUUAGCGAGCUUCGGGCUGUCCAACGAGGACCUGGAGGAGCUCAGCCGCUACCCCGACGACCAGCUGACCCCGGAGAACAUGCCGCGGAUCCUGCGCGAGAUCCGCAUCCGCAAGCUGGGCCAGCCCGCGCCCGGCCCGCGCGCCCCGGCCCGCGGGGACGAGCGGGGAUCGGAGCCGGGCGGCGCGCCCGUCAAGGGCAAGGUCAUCGACUAUGGCCACGCCAGCAAGUACGGCUACACCGAGGACCCGCUGGAGGUGUGCCCCUACGGCCCCGAGGGGCUCCCGGAGCCGCCCCUGGAGGCCUGCGUGUACAACCCCGAGGGCCCGGGCGCGGACGGCAGGGAGGACGUGCCGCGGGAGCAGAGCGUGCCGGUGCCCGUGCCGCCGCCCGCCGUGCCCUGCAACCCCGUGUUCCCGGCCGAGGAUCUCAUGAAGCUGCCGGCCUUCCAGGGCGACUCGUCCGGCGCCCCGCCCUUCUUCCCGGCCGAGCCCCCGGCCAAGGUGUCGGGGCUGUGCCCGGCGCCCGCCGCGCUGCCCGUGGUGACGCCCGCGUCGCAGGCGCCGAUGCCGCCGGUGCUGCCGCCCAUGAUGCCGGCCCUGCUGCCCACGCCGCUGGCGCAGCCCCUGCUGCCGCCCGUGAUGCCGCCGCUGGUGCAGCCGCCCGUGUCCCAGCACGUCCUGCCGCCCGUGACGCCGCCGCCCUUCUCCGCCGGGCUCCUGGCCGCCAUCAGCCAGCACGAGCAGAAGCAGCGCGACUCCGGCAGCGGCUCCGGCAGCGCCUCCGGGAGGUCCGGAGGGGGCCCCAAAGGCUUCCACGCCGAGGGGCCCAUCAAGUCCCCGUUCGGGGUGGUGAAGGCGUCCUGGCUGCCCGUGUUCUCCGACACCCAGAAGAGCAAACGCCUGCCCACCCCGUCCAUGAUGAACGACUACUAUGCGACGUCGCCGCGAAUAUUCCCACAUUUGUGUUCUCUGUGUAACCUUGAAUGCACUCAGAUGAAGCACAGGAUGUGUUCCCAGACAUCCUGAUCCGACUGCAGCCUCCCAGCCUCUGCUCCUGUCCCACCUCCUUUGGCUCUGGCCUGGAUUAGCUUCCUCCAGGGCAGUGUUUGGUGUCUGUGCACCUGAGGCCUCACGGGACCAGCCCUGCUGACACAACAGCGGGGCCAAAGAACCAGAAGAGUCGAAGUUUCACUGCAAAAAAGAAGAGUUUGUUGAAGAAACGCUGAUCUUGUGGAUGGGUGAAGUGCAGCGAACGAGGAAUCCCUGAGGUUUGGAUCUGCAGAUCACCUGUCUCAGCUGAGACCCCCCUGCAGAGCUGCUCCAGCCC